UUGGUUGUAUCUAUCAUAGCGUCUCCUCUCAACCAAAGUUUACAAUUUGUUCACCUCAAAACUAAUUUUACAAAUAAACUCUCAAAUCCAAGAGAGGAGAAGACCGAAGUAAAAACACAAGAAAACAAAGAAUUAAGGCAUAAUGGCCAAAUUCUUCAUUCUCUUCCUUGCCUCUGCCCUAUGUUUCACCACCCUCAUUCACUUCACCGCAGCUGAUGCUGACGACUUCGACAAAUUCCACAUCAAGGGCUCCGUCUACUGCGACACAUGCCGUGUCCAAUUCAUCACCCGUCUUAGCAAGUUCCUCGAAGGGGCAAAGGUAAAGCUUGAGUGCAAGGGCCGUGAGAACCAGACAGUGACACUUACCAAAGAAGCUGUGACCGACAACGCCGGAAACUACCAGAUGGAAGUAAUGGGUGACCACGAAGAGGAAGUGUGCGAGAUCGUCCUUGUCCAAUCACCUGACGCAGAGUGUGGAGAAGUGAACAACCAAGAGUUCCUAAGAAACGCAGCCAGGAUCAGUCUCACGGCCAAUGAUGGCAUUGUCUCCAACGAGACUCGAACCAUUAACCCACUUGGGUUCAUGAGGAAGACUCCUCUCGCUGAAUGUCCUCAAGCUUUCAAGGAGCUUGGAAUCGUCCCUGACGUCACCUUCUAAGCUUAAUAUACAUAUAUAUAUAUAUAUAUAUAUACCCAUAUACAUUUCUCAAAGUCUCAACAAUUUUAAUUUUUUUGAUGACUCUUUUUAAUAUAUAAAACAUUUAUUUAUGUUUUUAUGUUUUUAUGUGUCUGUCUGAGUUUACUUAAACCGUGUUUUUCUUUUCGUUGUUGUUGUUGUUGUUUUAUUUUUGGGAGUUCUUUGCUUUACGAAUGAUUUGAUUACCUUCCAAUAUUAAUUUUUUACGGAA